AUGGAGCAAGGCUGGACCAUCCCCACCAUCGCCUCCUGCCAAGACAACAGUGUGGAGGUCCUGCCCAUCCCUUCAGCAAAGAGCAGAAGAGUGGGGAACCCCCAGGAGCUGGCUGAGGGGAAAUCUCAGACCCUCCCAAAGGCUCUCCUGGAAGGCUGCGAAGGCAGAGACGUGGGCUGGAUCCCAACGUGUGCCCCUGAGGCCAUAUGGCUGCCACAAACUGUGGUGGCUGCCAUGGAACUGGAGGGUUCCAGAACACAGCCUCUCCUGAGGCUACAUGACUUUCUGUCUUUGAGGUUUGAGCUUGUUUCCCUGGUUGGAGCAGGACUCGAGAAUUUGGGCAGUACCUGCUUCCUCAAUGCUGUCCUCCAGUGCCUCACCUACACCCCAUCUCUGGCAGACUACCUGCUCUCUCGGGAGCACAGCCAGUCCUGUGUUCGAGCAGGCAACUGUGUGAUGUGCAGAGUGCAGGAGCACGUGUGCAAGGUCCUGCAUGCCACAGGAUCUGCCAUCGUGCCUGUGGACGUCAUCACUGCUCUCCCAGAAAUCGGAGAACAUUUCAAGCUCGGCGUGCAGGAGGACGCCCACGAGUUCUUGCGCUGUACUCUGGACGCCAUGCAGAAAGCUCAUCUGUGUGAUGGCAGCUUGGACACGUCUUGUCAGCACACCGUCAUCCAUCAGAUAUUUGGGAGCUUUCUGAGAUCCAGAGUCUGCUGCUCGAGCUGCCAAGUGGUUUUUGAUGACUACGAGCCCUUCCUGGAUAUCCUUCUGGAUAUAAAAGCAGCGGCAUCUCUUUCUGAAGCUCUUGAUACAUUCGUGAAACCCGAGCUGCUGGAUGCCAGAAGCGGCUUUAGAUGUCGCCAGUAAGAUGAUUCCUAACAAACAUCUUCAUGUUAGAUCCUGCCUUGGGGUUUGCUGUGGUUUAGAGUGCAAGGGAGGCUUUG